CAUUCAUAGACGCACACACAGCAGCAGCUCCUGGUUUCCUUUACGUUCUCUAAAUGUCUCACAAGAAAAGUUUAUUUUUCUCCAUCAGCAAGAAACCAACUGUAAGCAGCGUUAUUCGUCCUAAAACGAAACCUGAAGUUUACUUAUGUAUUUUCUACCAUAAUUCAUGCAAAGAAAUAGUCCUUGUCGCAAAGGCCAGUCAGGUGUGAGGCUGGUCACUUCUCAGUAUCAAAUGCCUCAGAAAUAGGGGAAUGUGCAGUGCUACAAAUAUUAUUUUCCCUUGAGGGAUGCUGUCUGCAGCCUGUUAUUUGCAACUAAAGUGGUAUUUCAAAAGAAUAAUAAUAAAAUUAACUCACAUACUGUAUUUUGGUGAAAAUAAAUAUGUGACCUAAAAGUCAUAGCAGAGUGAUGUAUGUAUGUAUGUAUCAUAUAAAAAUAAGAUUUCAGGAAUGAGUUUUGCUCCUUGGGGAGAAGACAGGGGCAUCCUCCUGUGUUACGUGUCAAAGGCAGUGGCCAUCAAUGGUGUUCAAGACAGCCGAGGGUACUGUGUACAGCCUCGAUCGGCUGAUGGAUCCCUUGAAAAGGCCAGUCAGUCUGAGCCACAGCUCAGAGAAAGUGCAGCAAAUAAGAUUCUUAACAAUUCUUCAGAGCCUUUGGGAGACUUCUACAAAUCUAAGUUAUUGUUGGAUAUAAGCGCUCGUCUCUGGUUUACGUAUAGAAGAAAGUUUUCGCCUAUUGGAGGCACCGGUCCUUCGUCCGAUGCCGGCUGGGGCUGUAUGCUGCGGUGUGGGCAGAUGAUGCUGGCACAAGCACUGAUCUGCAGGCAUUUAGGAAGAGAUUGGCAAUGGGAGAAACACAAAAAACAGCCGGAAGAAUAUCACAGAAUCUUACGGUGCUUUCUAGAUAGAAAAGAUUGCUGUUAUUCCAUCCACCAAAUGGCGCAGAUGGGUGUCGGAGAGGGGAAAUCAAUUGGAGAAUGGUUCGGACCAAAUACAGUUGCUCAAGUACUGAAGAAGCUUGCUUUAUUUGAUGAGUGGAAUUCGUUAGCAGUUUAUGUAUCUAUGGACAACACAGUGGUCAUUGAAGACAUCAAGAAAAUGUGCUGGUCCCCUCCCCAGAGCAGCGGCGCGGCCCACGGCAGCACGCAUUUGCACAGAAGUGCUCUCAGCCGAAAUAAGAACGCAGCGGGAUUCUGCACUGGCUGGAAGCCCCUCUUGCUUAUUAUACCUCUGCGGCUAGGGAUAAAUCACAUAAAUCCAGUAUAUAUUGACGCAUUUAAAGAAUGCUUUAAGAUGCCACAGUCUUUGGGAGCAUUAGGAGGGAAACCAAAUAAUGCCUAUUAUUUCAUAGGAUUUUUAGGCAACGAGCUGAUCUACUUGGACCCUCACACCACUCAAAGUUUUGUAGAUUUGGAAGAAAAUGGCACGGUUGAUGACGAGAGCUUCCACUGCCAGCAAGCCCCACACAGAAUGAAGAUCAUGAAUUUGGACCCUUCAGUAGCUUUAGGCUUCUUUUGCAAAGAAGAAUGUGAUUUUGAUAACUGGUGCAGUCUCGUACAAAAGGAGAUUCUAAAGCAACAGAGCCUACGGAUGUUUGAGCUGGUCCAGAAGCAUCCGCCGCACUGGCCUCCUUUCAUACCUCCAACAAAGCCAGAAGUGACAACUACAGGAGCAGAACUCAUUGAAUCUACUGACAAGCUAUUUGAAUUGGAAGAAGAAUUUGAAAUCCUGAGUGUAUGAAGGAAACUGGUGACCCUUCUGAGUAUUGAACAUAUUGCUAGUAUUACUGCAUUGACUUAAAUCGAACAGCCAUGUUAGCCCCAAAGUGCCUGAAAUUGCAGAUAACAGAGCACAAAACCAGAGUAGCACCCAAAACUCCAACAGUGGCGGUUCCUGCUGUCAAAGAGCUUCCCCAGAUGGAAAGGCAGUAAAAGAUCUCACAACAAGAGCCUUGAAGGGAACCUCUUCUUAAUGCGUGUCUUUCCCGAAGACAAAAGGCAAAAAGCAGUAUAUCACUGGGCUGUGUGUUUGGAGAAAGGGAUAACACCAAAUGGACGUUUUUUGCUCUCAUAUAAUGCAAUAGUUUAGUUCUUAAAGCAAAACAGUUUUCAGUUAAGGAGGAUGUUUACUUCUGUUCCCUCCUGUGGGCUGCAGCAUAGAAAAGAUACCUUGUCUUGUUUAAAAGAUCGACUGGAUCAGAAGAAAAUUGUUUCCUUGUUAAAUAUUUUAACAUGUAUUUGAGCAACCACACUUUAUUACAAAAAUGUUUCUGUAAAAGGAACUGUGUCUAAUGUAUACGUUCUGCAAUAGCCUUCCUGUUCCUGGGAAACCUCAAGAGGAACAGGAGACUCCAAUAGUCGAUAUAGAUCACAACCACUGUUAUCGUUACGAUAUAUUUCACCUUGACCUUAAAAUUCAGAUCGUUAAAACUUAGGCUGACUUUUCUUUCGGAGCUAAAAUGAGUCAAAGGUGGUUUAACUGUACCUUAUUUAUUUAAAAAAAAGAUUUACACAAGUUCUCUGUUACAGCACUUUAUCUGUGCAUCUAAUAAAUUUCUUAAGCUUUUCAUAGGUUGUAUGCUGCUAUAUUUUGUUAAUUUGUUUGUGUGAACUAAAUAUAAACCGAGUUAUCUUAAAACUUAAUAUAUAGGCAUAUGCAAAUUACUUAAUUGUUGGGUUUUGACUUGUUGCCUUUUGAAAUCUCUUUUGGUAAAAGUGCCUUAAUUCUACAGGUUUAUCAGAAGAGCCUGUGCGGUUUUAUUUCUAAGGCAGAGCAGCUCUAGCAGCCAUAAGAAAAACAGCUCAAAAUAAUUAAAGGCAAAGAUCUUUUUUAAUUCAUUAGAAAGUUCCUGCCUACUAUCAGACAGUCCCUGCUGUGGCCAUUUGGUCGUGAUAGCCGAAUGGACACGCAGCACAGAGUUUCAUCUUCACCAAUAAAUGACAACGUAGAGAAACGCGGAAUGCUGUCUCCUCUCACUUGCACUUCUUGAUCAGGGCCAGUGUGCGUUCCAAGAGUUAACCAGGUCAUAUUUCAGCUUGUUUGCCUUCAAUGUUUAUUAACCACAGUUUGGAAACUAUACACUUGCAAAAAAAAAAUCAUGUUCUUC